AUGGUCACGCCACUCGGCAUCACCGCCGUGGACACGUGGGCUGCUGUGUGCCGUGGCCAAUCUGGCAGUCGACCGCUGAUUGAGGCCCCGCACUUUUUGCCCGGGUUCCUCAAAAACGACAGGAUGCUAUCUCCGCAGCAGAAGGCAGCGGCGCUGGAGAAGCUUGUCGCUGCCUUGCCGUGCAAGGUAGCUGCUUUCGUUCAGCCGCCAGCCGAGGUCGUGUUGGCGGCUGGCAAGGUGGGCAAAGCACUCCCUGCGACCGAUCCGUUCGCGCCUACCGCCCACGAGCCGCGGGCGCUUCGCUUAUGUGCGCGUGCCGUUGAGGAAGCGCUCACCGACGCUGCUCUGCAACUCUCCGAGGCCGUGCAGGAUCGCUGCGGCGUCAACAUUGGCAUGGGCAUCCCCUCCCUUGCCGACGUGACGGACGUGUCGGUCCACCUGACAGGCGACGCCAUCGCCACCGAGGAGGGUCAGGUGCACUACAGCAAGGUCCCUCCAAUGUUUUUGCCCAAAAUCUUGGGCAACAUGGCAGCCGGCAACACGGCCAUCCGCCACAAACUACGCGGUCCCAUUGGCAGCACUGUGGCUGCAUGUGCAACAGGGGCGCACUGCAUUGGUGAGGCGGCCUCGUGGAUCCGUGAAGGCCGUGCGGAUGUUAUGGUGUGCGGCGCGGCGGAGGCCUGCAUCACGCCGGUUUCCGUGGCCGGCUUUGCGCGGAUGCGGGCACUGUGCACACGGUACAACGAUACCCCGUCGUCCGCCUCACGGCCAUUCGACGUAACUCGUGCCGGCUUUGUAAUGGGAGAAGGCGCAGGUAUUUUGAUCCUCGAAGCGCUCGAGCACGCCGUGGCGCGGGCGGCGCCGCGCGUGUACGCCGAGCUGCGCGGCUUUGGCAUAUCGUGCGAUGCCCACCAUGUGGCGGUGCCACACCCCGAAGGGCUUGGUGCCCGCCGCUGCGUGGAGCAAGCCUUGGCGGAUGGUGGGGAUGUCCCUGCGGCGACCGUCGGUUACGUUAACGCGCACGCGACGGGGACGAUCGGCGAUGAGGUGGAGCUGAUGGCGCUCCAGCGAGCACUGCGACCUUCCACGCCAUCAUCCUCUCCGGCGCUGCAUGUGAGCAGCGCCAAAGGAGGGCUGGGUCAUCUACUCGGCGCUGCUGGCAGCGUCGAGGCCGCGCUGACGGUCUUGACGUUACAUGAGCAGCGCGCGCCGCCGACGGCGAACUUGACGACGGCGUGUCUCACGAGAGAGCAGCAGGAGUGCGGCUUGGUGUGCAUCCAAGGCAGCACCGCGCAGCCACUGCAGAGCUGCGAGGCAGUUAUAUCGACAAGCUUUGGCUUCGGCGGAAUCAACACGGCCUUGCUCUUCACGCACGUGUAG